AUGAAAAUAAUGUCUAGUUUUGUGCUGAAAAUAGUAAUAACUUGUAUUCCAAUCGUUUGUAAUAUCAUUGCUGGAAUUCUCAUAUUUUCAUUUAUCGAUGCACAAAAUGAAAUUGAUCAGAAUGCUAUGAAUAAAACAAUGGAGAAGGCUGUGAGAAUUGAAUCGAAACUCAAUAAAACGAGCGAAAGUUUGAAAUUGCAACCUGAUCUGUUUGGAACGAAUAAUGAAACGGUUUUGGAAUAUUUAGUAUCUCAGUUUAGUCGCGAAUUUGAGACUGAGUAUAUCGAUAAGGUAAUCUUUUUUAUCGAAUAACACUUUGUUUGAAUAACAUUUUCACAGGCAAUCAAUCGGAAUUAUUCAAAACCAUUUUCUAUUUUGCAAACAAAUAAUAAUUGUUCUGCAGGAUAUUCCGAUGAUGAUAUUGCGAAAUUAAAAAUAAAAUUAGUUGAUUUGAUAAGAAUAUUAAAAAAUCACUCAUUAUACAUGAAGGAGAAUUUUGAAACAAUAAAAAAUGCAUGGUUUUCGUUCCCUAAUCUCAAGGAAAAAGAAGAAAUGAUUAUAAAAAAAUUUAUAGAACUCUAUUGGCAAAGGAUACAGGUGUUUUUUGUGUUUCUUAAAACAAAAUUCAUUUCACGUAAAUUUUCAGAGAUUGAACUCUGAUUUGAUCAUUCCAGUCCACGAAGUUGUGAAAAAAACAGUUCGGACAAUUCCCAAAAAUCAAAUAGAAGUUUCGGAGAGAAUUUCUUCUUGGAGAUUAUCGAUUGCUGUUUCAUAUGGUAUUAUAAUCACAAGUUCUAUUGUUUUCUGCGUUUCCGAAAUCUGCUAUUUGGUUUUUGUUGUGAAACAAGGAAGUGACAAGCACUCACUUCUGUUUUUGAAUCUAAUAACAUUAUCCACCCUAUGCUCUCUGAUUAUGUUAAUUGUACUGAUCAUUUUUGGAAUCUUGCAUGCUGUCGAAGUUUUUCCGGAGAAUUCGAUUUCAAUGCCAAAUUUGUCGAAAGUCAGUUUCAAAAAUUUCUUUGGACAACAUUUCAGGUUAGUUUCACUUUACAAGAGAAGUGCAUGGAUGAAACAUAUCGAAAUAUACCAAAUCGAACAUGCUGAUCACGAUUCCGAACUCAAAAAUUGCCACAAGCACUUUUCUUGAACUCCAAAGUUAGAAUUGAGUUCUGGUUGUUGCUCAUUUUCACCUUGUUUUUGGGUGGAAAAUCAAUUUUUUAACUUGAAUUAUAGCUGGUUUUUCAUAUUUUUUGAAAAACUAAAAAGCUGAUAGGUUUUCGAAUUUGGUGAACAACAUUAUUCAUGUUAUUGAUUUUUCUCCCAGGAACUUCACCUUGUAUAUAUUUCGAUAUGUUUCAUUAAAAGUUCAACUUACAGGAAUGUUCAUACGAAAUGCAUUUCGCCCAAAAAAUUUUUUGAAACCUUCCAAAUUUCCAUCAAUCACACGAGAUACGUUGAAAAUGCUUUUAAACUCGAAGAUGAUAUGACAAAACAUAUCAAAAUUUUGAUCAAAAUAUCUCGACAUCCAAAUUUGGAAGAACUCUUGAAUAACAAAGAAGAAUAUCUAGCAACCGAAAGCAAAAUAGCUCGUGCUGAUGCUUGUAUACCAUCCAUGGAAGAUAAAUAUGAAACAUAUGACUUAUAUGACGUUUUUUUUAGAGCAGAACAUAUUAUAGACUGGGACAAAAUUAUGGAUCUGAAACUAGAAACUGUUAUCCGUUUCGCUUUAAGAAAUUACUCUCAAAAAAUGUUAAAAUACAUCAUCCGUAUGAAUGAUAUCUUGCAAACUGCUGAUUUUGAUUGUGAAUAUUUUCAAGUAUCCGAAUACGAGAAUCUCAACUCUCAAAUUUUUGCUCGUUUUUCGAAUUACAAAACAUUUAUUGGACCAUUUGCAUCAGUUCUUAUGAUAAUUUGCUGUAUUUCGAUUUUUGUGGCUCAUUUUAUGAAUUCGAAAAUACUUGGGAAUGAGGAGAAACAACGACAAAUUGAGAUUGUAGAAAAGAAAAAGGUGAGUCACUCUGAAAAUCUCUAAUUUUCUCUAAAAACCGCAGAAGUACACAACGUAAUUGCGGAGUGUCGUUGUUUUUUUUUCAGGUGGAACAAGCGAAGAAGAACGACGAGGAGCGCACUUGA